AUGGCCCCUAAUCCAGAUGAUCCACCAUAUGUUGCUCAGAUUGUAGAAUCCAAGGCUAAAAAGGUGACAGUAAGAUGGUACUACAGACCCCAAGACACUGAUCUUUGGAAGAAAGACUGUCACGGUGACCUUUGGAAGAAAGACUGUCACGGGAAAAAAGAAUUGUUUCUAUCUAACCAUUUUGAUCCUCAAAGUCUAGAUUGUAUCCUAGGAAAGUGUACCGUGCACACUUUCCAUGAAUAUAUGGAGCUUGAAGGUCGGCGUUCUGAUUCCGAUUACUACAGUCGAUUUGAGUAUGAUAUUUAUAAGAAAAAAUUGAUUGAUGUCAAAGAUGCUGAUUGGCUGUGCAUUUGCGGGAAUCCUUACAAUCCGGAUCUGUAUGUCUAUUGUCAGAUAUGCAAAUCAAGGUUCCAUCCAUCUUGUACCAACACUGAUGCAAAGAGUUCAUGCAUUAUUUUUUGUGAUAACUGCAAGAACUCUCCUAGCCAGGAGCAAGCUGCGGACAAGCGCUUUGAAAGGUAUCUCAAGUUCCCGAGGAUGCACAAAGAUAUCAAAAAGGAGAAGGCCCUUAGAUAA